AUGCCCAAGCGACUUAUCCGAAAGCAGCCUUUAUCUGCUAAGUUAAAGUCUUACCCCUUUGAUCUUUACUUAUAUUUAAAUGAAUUAAGACUUUCAAUAGAUUGGAAUGAUUAUGCAAAGAAUGUUGCCCUUCCCCUAGGUGCAACCCUUAGUUUGUUAUUUUUGUCACUAUCAAAAGCAUUGAGCCACUAUGAGUCAGUCAAUGCCAAGCUGCUGAAUUCUCUUUUCCAAACGAACUACCACAGUUAUGAAGAAUUGAAAUGGCGAUUGUCUGACAUGAGUGAUCAAAGCAAAGUCAACCAGAAUGACAAGCUCAGGGCAAAAUACAAAGAUACUUCUAGGUCGACUGUUUGGUUUAUAAAUAUAACGGCAUAUUCAUUACUAAUCUCCGCCUUUUUAAACGCAUUCUUGUGUGCUAAUGCCUAUAGAAACUACUAUUUACUCUACUGUUCGGAAGAACCACGUAGUAGUUCUGUAAUGAAGGUGACAUUAAGCAAUAAUGGGGUCUUAGACAAACUUUUACAGUUUCUUGGUUUUCAGGAUCAGACAACAGACGACAACGAAAGUGAAAUGCAAGACCAGUCUGACUUAAAUUUAUUCGAAAAAGAGAUUUAUCAGCUUAAGAUGUGGGUACCAUCCAAAUUUCAACUAUAUUUGGCAAUAAGUUUUAAUCCUUUAAAUCUUUUGUUCGUAAAAUUAACAUCUAAAGAAUUAUCAAUCAUAAAGUCCUCGAUUUUGGUAACCUUAAUAUCAUUCACUUUUCAUCUUCUAAUUACAAAAUUCUUGUUACUUAUCGAAGACAAACAAAUUCUUUAUCAAGAGAUGUUUAGUGAAUUUAAUAACAAGUUUGUCAAGCCAAAGACGAACAUUUUGAAAAAGGAUGUCUUGAUUGAUUCAACUCGUGGACCCUUAGGCUCUACUGUGUUGACAGAUGUUAAUCCAUUUCUUUUCAAUAAACUGAAAGUCUUUAUCACACACGAUAUUGAUGGAAAAGAAGUCAAAAACUACAAUCAUGAAGGAGAUUUAACAAAUCAUGUAGAGGACAGAGACCAAGGGAACACAUUUUCACGAGGUCAAACAUAUAACCAACUUCAAUUUAAUAACAGUAUCAACAAUGAUCGCCAUCUCAGUUUUGAUCACGAUCCUUCACAUACACAACGUGGCAACCACGAAAGACGAUUAGAUUUCUUAAAAAGCCUUGAAGAAAACGAUGAAGAAAUAGAUGAUUUUGACUAUUUAUACUCUUCGUCUACUCCAUUCAAACCAGCUUCAAAACUGAAAAUUUCACAUUCAAGUAGGAAUAAUGAAAAUCUAGCAUCAACAAGGGCAAAAUCUGAUCUCAGCUUCAAAUCACCCUUAUAUAAUAGGACACCAAGCCCAAUAAAGCUUAAUAAGUUAGCUAAUCUAAGGGCCGCUGAUAAUCGUUUUGCGAGUCCGGAUAGAAUUUCUAGUACUUACAGGCACCUUGAACGGUCUCCGGAGUCCCAAAGGAAUCUAAGCUUUAGAAGUGCGGGAGUGAGAUCUCCAACUAGAACUCCUAGUCCGUCCAAACCGCGAUGGAGAUAA